UUCGCAGCGUUAAUUAAGAAUGAAGAGUUCGAAACUGAUUUUCUAAUUCUCAGUAAUAAACAUUUUAUCCGAGUAAGAUUUAAAUAUUCGAUGAAAGUUACAGUCGAACCUGUACUAAGCGGUUUCCCUAAGGGAAUGGCCAGGUGACCGUUUAUUACAGGUUUACGGACUCAAUACAAGUUGAUCCGCAAAUAGCUUGUGUGAUGUUCGUGUGUCACAUUUGUCCUAACAGUCCAUAGUAGAAAGAUGACCUACAAAGUAUUGAGGAUACUUGAAUUCACAGUGCUAGCAUCGAUUUCGGGAGAUAAACAUGGAAUACUAAUUUGACUCGAGAGAUUAAAGUGAAAAUUGACGUAUUUAGAGAGGAAAAAUUUCGGGACUUUAACAAGCGACCGCUUAAUACAGAUUCCACUGUAUCUCUGAUGACGGAUAGAGUUGUUUAGAAUGUCUAGUGUUAUUCUUCCAUGUAAAACUGUUCGCAAUUGAGGAUAUGGUGACAGCCACAGCACGUUAAAACCACCAAAAAGGAUGUCAUAUUUCCUCGUACUGUUUCAGACUCAUUGACUGAAUACUUUUAAAAUUGAUAUUCCUAAUCGUUACCUAAAUUAUUUUAAUUAUUUUGCUAAUGUCAGAGCGGGUAAAGAACAAUAACCUGAAUUUAUUAAGCAUUUUCAGCGGGUGAGUUCGAGUAAUGAAUUAAACUCUAGAACACUCUGUAAACAGGAUGUCAGAAUUUACAUAGUAAUGGACCAAUCACAAUUAACAAUGCGCGGCAUUUCUGGGAAUUUUAUUGUUUACGGAUGAUAUUGCGUUUUCUUAGAAAACGUUUGAAACUUCGUCGAAGUAAACACAAAUUCUCUAGUAAGCAACAACUUUGUGGUCACCCGAGGGCUUAUUUUUCAUUCAUUUUCACUCAGAUUUGGGUCGAUAAUUAUGGCUAAUGAAAACACUGAUAGAGACGCUCAAUUGAGCUGUCAGAUUCAAGAGAAAUUUUCAGCAAACCAACAAACGCCAAAAAUUUAUGAUCAAAAGGACUCAUGGCGGCGGGAAAUGGAGCUUAUUAUCCAAGAGCUUUAUCCUAGCUGUCGCCUUGUGUUGUGCGGGUCUUCUGCCAACGGAUUCGGAAGCACUGAUAGCGACAUCGAUCUCAUUUUGACUGCUAAAAGCAGGGAAGAUGCAGAAACUUACAUGUUAAGAAGAAUAGAAUCGCUUUUCACCAGGACACCCAGACGCUUUGAAACAAGGGUGAUCACCGACGCUAGAAUUCCAAUCAUAAAACUCAAAGACAAGGAAAAGUCUUUUGAAUCUGACAUCUCCGUCAACAACUGGGCAAAUGUUCGCAACGCUUUCCUUUUGAAAUGUUACUCCGAGUGCGAUCCAAGAGUGAAACCUCUGGUUGUCAUUAUCAGACUGUGGGCUCAGAAGGCUGAGAUUACCAACGCAAGAUUACACCGACUUGCUGGUUUUGCAGUUGUGCUACUUGUCAUUAAUUACCUACAAGCCGGAUGUUCUCCCCCUGUCCUCCCCUCGCUCCAAAAAGAUUUCCCAGAGCUCUUCCGAUCAACAGAAAAUGAUGUCAUAUCAAAACUCACCGGCAGCGCUCCUCCCCAAGUAAAGUCACACAAAUCCAAGAACACGCAAAACGUUGGUGAGUUGCUGAUCGAGUUUUUCAAGUACUACUCCUCUUUUGAUUGGAAAAAAACCAUAUCUGUUCGAAUGGGAAAUACUCAGCCAACUUCACGGUAUGGAAGAGUUUGGAGUGGGCCCUAUAUUAAGCUGGAAGAUCCGACAGACGAAGGAAAUGUCACAAGGGGCGUGUAUAACUCGAGCGAAUUCACACGCAUAAAGAAUGCCUUUCAAUCUGCCUCAACUCAGCUGGAACAGAAGGCAUCUCUACAAGACAUUUUUUAAGCUAAAACGAUCGCAUCCUAAAGUGAAGGGGAUGAAUGGUUUAAGUAUUUAAAGUUGUCUUUCAAAACUUAGUAGAUCAAACGUUACUUUUAUGCCAGUAAAAGCUUUUGAUACACGUAAUAAAAAAAAAAUAGCCGAUAAUUCAAGUCUUUGUGCGAUUAACCAAGGGAGUGACAGCUGUAUAAAACACAAGUAUGCAUUGCAGACCUAUGUAACCUUUUUUUGAGGGUGUUUUGUUUAAAAUGUUAUUCAGAUAGUUUAUUUAAUUAAACCAAUAUACCAAAUACUACGUAUUUUCUUUACGUAAAUUUUCAAAUGGAGUCCUCACAUUCCUCCAACAUUAAUGCCGAGUUUACUUUAUUCUUUUUUAUAUUAAAACUGAAUGAUCAAUGAGAUUUUCAAAAGAACGACCAAAUGAAACAACAACUUAGUUCGGUUUUUCUUUUGUUAAGUUCUUCCAGAACUUUAUGAUUACACCUAAAUUUUUUCAUGAUUUGUUAGCACUGUUUCCCCGUCGGGGAAUACGCUGUAGCUUAACGGCUAGGGUCUGUCUGUGAUAGUUUACAUAAUACAUGAACUGCUUUGUUUAUUUCAACCGACCACGUUGAUUGCAAACUUAGAAUGAUUACCACACGCUGAUGAAAAUUUAUUAAUCCAUUAACGAUAUCAACAAUAUGGGUAUGGAUGAAAACAAAGAUAAUUUAUUUGUUGAUGCAAAAAUUGGUAUCAAAGUUUACAUUUUGAAGGUCUCCAGACUUCUGUUAACGACGAAACAGCUUCUAGCUUUAUAUAAAGUUAAUUACGAACUUGAACUCAGAACAGUAACAUCAAGUCAAGAAAAAGAAUGAGCUUAACUCAGUUUACUCAGAAACAGUGUCUCGAAGGCCUUGUAAGUGGUAGAAGUGCUGCUUUUAAAAUAAAAGGCAAUCUAUGACUGCA